AUGAUUACUGCUAUUGUUAACUCCUUGAAUAAUUUUACCCUUUCCUUUGUUGGCAGAACUGUUCUGAUUAAUAGUAGCAUCCUUUCUGUUCACACCUAUUUUCUUUCUGUCCUCUCCCUGCUUGACUCCAUUAUCAAUGAUAUUCCCGGAUUCGCUAGGAAUUUCUUUUGGGGUGCUAGUGGUAAAAAACAUGGUUUCCACUCAAUUUGUUGGAAUACUGUCACUCAAAAUAAAUCUGAGGGUGGUCUUGGAAUCAAGAAUUUGUUGUAUGCUAAGCAUGCUCUCAUGACCAAAAAUCUCUUUAUGGUUCUCAAUGGGGUUGAUAAGCUGUGGGUCGAUAUUUUUAAAUUCAAAUACCCCAACUGGAAUUUUGCCUCUCAUUCCAACCAUACUACUUCUUCUUGGCUUUGCAAAUCUAUUUCUAAGACUACUGAUUUUCUCGGCACCGUUGUUGCCAUUUUGGACUCCCAAAUUCUUGCUGAAGUUACGGCCAUGAUCUUGGCUUUGGAGGAAUGUAUAAAGCAUAAGUGGUGGCAUUCCCACAUUUUCACUGACUAUAUUGGUCUCAUAAAUCUUGUGAAGGAUUUCCAAAUACCAAUGGCUUGGCACCUUGAUUUGGAAGCCUGUCGGCCUUUUGCUCUCCUUCAUCAACUCCAGAAUCCUUGCCUUGAAUACAUCAACAGAGAAGAUAACUUGGUUGCUGAUGUCCUCUCCAAGCAAGCUCGCCUCAAUCCGGAUCUUUCUCUCUUUGCCAAAGGGAUGCAACUGCCUUUCUGGCUUUAUGAUGCUUGCUCAACUAUGAAAUUAUGGUUGAAACCUCCAGUAGGGAUAGUCAAAGUCAACUAUGAUGCAACACUGCUUAACUUUCAUGGUAGCAUGAGGUUGGCAUGGGUUGCUCAAAAUCACGAAGGCCAUGUAGAGGAAGCUUGCUCAUUGUUGACUUUUGAGCUACUUGCACCAUCUAUCGCUGAAGGAUUGUGUGUUAGAGAGGCUUUAGGUUGGAUCAAAGGACAUGUGAUGGUUAAUGUCCAAGUUGAAACAUAUUCAUUAUUAGUGGCUCAUGCCAUCAAUGCAAAUUGUAAAGAUAAUUCAGUGUUUGGCUCAAUUAUAGCUCUACGAAAGCUCCAGCCGUGGAAAGCAAGAAGAAGGCUCGAAAGUUCGAGCGGAAGGCUAAGCGUGAGGAGAAGAAGCAGCGCCGCGUCCACCGGCCUGGUCCCUCGCUUGUCAUCCUCUUUUUCGAAAAAGAUUGGAAUUCAAAGCCCCAGAGACAAUGCUGAAUCCAAUGAUGAUUUUGAUGAUGAGGAGGAGAGGGUUCGGGGGGAUGUUUUCGAGUACGAGGAACAGGUUGCUGAGGAGGAGUCGAAGAAGAACCGGCGGUUUGAUCCUGUGGAUAACUAUGAGUAUGAGCUACCGGCUGAUUUUGAGGAUGAGGACGUGCUGUCGGACGAUGAGGAAAGGCAUCUGAACAUGCUUCAUGGGAUCACGGGAAUGCCUCUGCAGGCUUUUGAAGGCGGGGAGAAGAAGAAGGUGAUCUUUUCGAGCGUGCAAGGGGAUGUAAGUGAUGGGAAAAUCAGCAUUCAGGAUCUCUUGGACCCUCUUCAUGGGAAACCUGGCUACAGCAAUCUCAGAAAACGUAUAGACCAGCUGGAGAAAAAGCCAAUGGCUGUUCAACCUCCUCUUCCUACAGUGGAAAGGGAGAAGUUGGAGAGGAAAGUGGCCUAUAAGCAUUCAAGUAAGGAUAUCACAAAGUGGGAACCACUGGUUAAGAGGAACAGAGAGGCCCCAACUCUAUAUUUUGAUAAAGAUGUGAACUUGGGUUUCUCUACUGUGGGAGCAAUUGCUUCUGUCUUUGAACCAAGGACAGAAUUUGAAAAAAAGAUGGCUUCACUCACACGUGAUCCAGAGGUCAUGGAAGCGCAUUUGAAGGAUGGCGCGAAGCUUUUGGAGCUUAACAAGUUAACUGUAGAGGAUGUGAAAGAUCGUCAAGGUCGUCUUGCUAAAAUGCGCAGUCUACUAUUUCGCCAUGAAAUGAAAUCUAAACAUAUUAAGAAGAUAAAAUCAAAGACAUAUCAUCGUAUAUUGAAGAAAGAGAGAUUAAAAGCUGGAGCAUCCAAUGUGGAAAUGGACCCUGAAGCUGCCAAAGAAGAAGCUAGGAAGCAGGAAUACAAGCGGGCUGAGGAACGAAUGACACUGAAACAUAAAAACAGCUCUAAAUGGGCAAAGCGCAUCUUAAAGCGUGGACUGGACGUACAAGAUGAGGGCACCCGAGCUGCUAUAUCAGAACAACUUAAUCAGCAUGCUCUUCUAACUAGAAAAAUGAAUUCAAUGAAGGACUCUAGUAGCAGCGAUGAUGACAGCGAUGAUGAUAACGAUGAUGAUAACGAUGAAACAGAUAGUGAAGAUGUUUCUAAACUCCUAAAUAAGGCAAAAGAGAAAAUUGUUAAAGUUCUUGAAGAGAAGGAUGAGAUUACAGAAACAGGAGUGAUGGCAUUGCCUUUCAUGGUAAGAUUUAUCACUAAUCUGAUCUGGGAUGGUUCGAAUGAUGUCAAUUUGUUUGGUGUUUUCAGUGAAGCUGCUGAUAAACUAUUACUUAACAAUCUUGUUGUGCCGUUAUGGUAUGUUGUCGUUGGUGUGUUGGGGGUUGGUGGGGGUUUGGGGUGUGGGGGUUUUGUGGUGGUGUGUGUUGUGGUUGUUGGUUUGGGGUUGUGGGUGUGUUUUUUUUUGUCGUCGUCUGUAUUUAAGACUUUUGAUGAUAUUGUGAAAGAUCCUGGUCCCAAGACGACAUUUGAAGUUGCAAUUUUUGCUUCUGAUUCAUGGAGAAAGAUGAAAACUGAAGGUGUGAUAAAAUUCAAUAAGAAAAAACAAGCAACAGCGAAGCAAGCAUUAUUGCCUGAUCCAACACCUAGGGAAGAGGUUAUGUAUCAGAACAGUAAUUCAGAUACUGAUGAAGAGAUGGUGGAAGGGGAUUUUUCUUUUAAUCCAGUGCCUGAAUAUGAACUUCCAUCUCAAGCUGACCUUGUACAUCGUGCUUUUGCUACCGAUGAUGUGGAAGCACAGUUUGAGAAGGACAAAUUAGAUGUACUCAAUGAGGAGAAUCCUGAACCUGAAAAGCCAGUUUUACUUCCUGGAUGGGGACAGUGGACUAAUGUCCAAAAGAAGCACGGACUUCCUUCAUGGAUGCUUGAAGAACAUGAAAUGGCUAAAAAGAAGAGGGAAGAAGCCCUAAAGAAGAGGAAGGAUGCUAACCUCAGACAUGUAAUCAUUUCAGAGACAACUGAUAAAAAGGCGGAGAAACUUCUUGCGAAGAGCUUGCCAUUCCCUUUCACAUCCAAAGAAGUUUAUGAACAGAGUAUACGAAUGCCCAUUGGACCUGAAUUUAAUCCAGCAAUAUCAGUUCGCGCACUUAAUCGGCCAGAGGUCAUCAAGGAGGCAGGUGUAAUUAUCAAGCCAAUCAAAUUUGAGGAGGUGGAUCCUCACGAAAAUCCUGAUGAACCGAAACGGAUAAUUCAAAAUAAGAAUGCAUCAUCAUCAUCGAAGAACAAGAGAAAGUCAAGUAAGGGUAAGAAGUCCAGUGGAAGUAAAGUCUCGAAAAAUUAGAAUCAUCAUGCUAUGUUCCAAAAUCCUUCUGUGGAUUUUCUUGUAAUCACUCUGAGAGCCAAAGAAAUUUAUUGAGAGUUCCUGCAUAUUUAUAUCAAAAUGGUGAGUUGUAUCAGCCUCUGCUGGUUUUCGGCGAUGUUUCUUCCAUCUUUCGCUGGGUUUAUUGAGAGACUAAUUUUGUAUAUUUAGGUGAGUUUUCAUUGUUAAAUGUAAAAUUGUAUUUUUUUUUU